AUGAUUCGCUUGAUACUACUUGUCACUGUUUUAUGUGAAAUAAUUUUAUGGAAUUUUAAAAAAAUAAAUUCUUUUCGUUUAAGUACAAAUGUAUCAAAUAAUAAUUUAAAAAAUUGUAAUAUUACUUAUAAUGUGGCAAAAAGAAAGAAAUUUAUUUUAAAAAAAUGUGAAAUUCAAAGAAAUUUCAAGGGUAAAUUAUAUUUAUCAUUUUUUAAUGAAACAAAUAACAAUAAAAAAAAAGUUAUUGAAGAUAGUGGGGAGGAACAAUUAAAAAGUGUUAUCAAAGACAUUCAGGGAGUAUGGAAGUUUUAUCUUCCUAUAUAUAUAAUGGAUACAAAAUUUGAAAGUCCAAAAGAUUAUGAAUUGGAUAAAGAUUAUAAAUUAGAUAAUUCAGAUGAUUUUCAAAUAACUGAUGAUAAAAAUGGGGAAAACUCUGAUGAUAAUGAUCUUAAUAUAUUAAGAGGAGAAAGAUUAUACCCUUUACCUUUAUUUGUUUAUAACUAUGAACAAAUUUAUUCAGCUUCUAGUUCAACAUAUGCCUAUUGGUCCAAUGAAUUAAUAAGCAAAAAUAUAUAUGAAUGCACAGUAAAAAUUGUAAAUAAAAUGAAUAGUAAAUAUAUGAUUAUAUUACAAGGUUAUUUAUUUAUAUCAGCAAUAAACGCUAUAAAUGAUAAUAGUAUUCGUUUAAGACCUUGUCAAAUAUUUGGAAAUUUAUUUUUAGCUAAUAAUGAUACAGUAGAAGAAAGCUCAUUGAUUCCAUCUAAUGUAAAAAUUUAUGAUAAGAAUGGGAAUGAAGUAAAAGACAUAAUAUCAAUUUUAGAAAAAAAAAUACCAGAAUUUAAAAAAGAUAAAAAAAAAAUUGAUGCAUUUUUGGGAUUAAAAAAAUGGAAAUUUCUUGGUAUUUCAACAGCUUAUAGAGUAUUAGGAGAGGGGAAAAAUAUAUUUAAUAUAAAUCAUAUCUUAACAGGAAAAGAUGAAAAUACUUUUUAUAAUGUAAUGGAUUUUGAUUCCAUAAAUAAUAAUUACGAUAAAAAUUGUUUUAAACAUUUAAAAGAUAUAUUUAAUUCUUAUUUUGAAAAGCCAUCCAAUGACAUUUUCUCUUUGAUCAUGACAAAUUUAAAAGAGAAAUCUAUGAAUGGACCAUUUUAA